UUAGCUUAUUGUCCAUGGCGGCGCUGCGUCCAGCUCCUCGUACAGUGAUUAAACAGCUGUGUCGCGUCCGUUUUGAAAAUGGCAGCGUGCUUCUUUAUUUUGAAUGAAGUUACGGAUGUUUUCAUGGAAUGAGCAUCUUCGCGGACCCUGCGGUUAACGUCAUGGCUUUACACAACUUGGUGUUUGUUAUCGAUGUCGAUCAUGGAAAUCAGGACUCGGGAGAUCAACUGGAAGUCAGGAAUCAUUUCACUAAAAGAGGAAUACUGCACGUCUUGUUGCAUUUCGGCUAUAAAUUUGGAUUUGAGAAAGUGCGCUGGGGCUAUAAAUUCUUUCAGUCCAAGACGGGUCGCAGUGCCAGCCUCAUAUCCAGAGUUUCGGACUUCAAGGAGCUCUGCCACAAGUCAUUUGAGGAUUUCGAGCAGGAGUUUGAAGCCAAGUUCGGCGAGAGGGAGAAAGCGGGGCCUUCUCGACAGAAGCUGCAGCACAGUCGAUCCAGUUCGGUGCAGAACGCCCUGAAGGAAACCCCUGCUGGACUUUCAGUGGGACAGACCGACAUCACGUCUCCCACCAAACUGUCCCUGAGGCCCAGGAAGUCCAGCCGUGCUGGGAAGGCCGGCGGACCACACGAUGAGGACACUUCCAGCACCGAGAGGAAUGUGGUGUUUGUUGUCUCACAGUGUCCACGAUGGACACAACUUUUGGACUACCUGUCUUUGAAAAGCUGACGACUUGGAUACGACGUGACAGAGACACUGAUUUCCAAGGGACUUCACCAAAUGCUCGUUCAGCGAAAGGUAGUCCUCCACUGGAUUGACAAUAGAUCACAUCCAGGUGAGAACAGCUGUUAUAACACUGUUGUGGAGUGUGAAGACGGCCUCGGAUAUGACAAGCUGUCUGAGGUCUUGGCUCAGCUGGGUGGCAGAGUGAUCCCUGCGGUGGCACUGCUGCACCUCUGUUCUGACGGCCAGACAGACCCAGGAUUGAUGAGCGAGGCCUUCGGGUACAAAUCAAGCAUCGGAUACCUGCUGUCGUCCGAAAAGCUCCACCGCGUCGCUUUUCCGGUUGUGGAUGGUGUUCUGCGAUGGAAUCAAGGGGAGGCGGCUCAGAGCUGUGGUGUCUUGAUGGAGCCGUCGUCUCAUCGACAGAGGCUUCUUCCAGAGUCCGCUGAAGUGUGUCUUAAAGGAGUGCUGCAGGGUUGGGACGCUGCAUCGCUCACACUCACUGCUACAGAGUCGUGGGUUGUCCAGGCCUCCAGCGGCAGUAGUCAGGGAGCUGCUGCCUUCCAGCAUCUCUUAAUGGAGCUGUCCGCUCACGCUGCGCACAUGCUCAGUAGGAUGAAUGACCGUGGACUGGUUUGCUCGGCCGUUCUGUCCCCGCUGUCCCACUUCACCGCCCGGCUGACCGUCCUCCAGCCUGCCGCCCCUCAGCCGGACCGGCGCCUGGCGGCUGGAGUCGUUGCCCCCGCCACGCCAGAAACCUCAGCUGAGCUGCCAGAUGUCGUGAGCAGCGUUUUGGGAGUGGUGUAUAAGAUAAUGGAGGAUGGUGACGGCAGCAGUGACAAUCGAGAGGAUGAUGCCGUUCCUGAGUGGGCUCUGCAGGAAUUCAGCCGUACGCCUCUGACAACAGACACUCUUCAGACGUGGUUUCCUCAGUCCGACCAGUCAGGAGUCAGCUCUCAUUUAAUGGAGUCAAUGAGGUUGCUGCAUGCGGUGCCAGAGCAGAGUGAGGAGGAGACGUCCGUCCAGCAGCAGGAACUGAUUGGCGGUCUGGCUGAGCUGUACCAGACGUCCCAGAACUCAGAAAACAAGAGGGGCAAGAAACGUGGCGCUCAGCGCACCCCAGUGAAGCAGAAGAUGAAGACCAUGAGUCGCUCCUUGCAGAUGCUGAAUGUGGCCCGCCUCAAUGUUAAAGCCCAGAAGAACCAGGCUGAGCCCGAGCAGCCGGGCGCCGAGGGCAAAGGAGCAGACAGACCUGGGAAGAGGCGGUCCAGUGACAGAAACAAGCCUGGACCAGUGAACCCCAUCAGUUUCAGCAGCGAGGCAGAGCUGCUGUCCCACCUGAAGUCGGUCUGGGAGAGGACUCUUCUGGACAGAGAAGCUUCUCUCGGUACAGAAAUCCAGCAGCUGGCAGCCGCUGUACAAGCCUUCUUCGUGGCCGUAUCGGAUUGGGAGGCAAAGGCCAGUCUGUUCAUCCAGCAGCAUCUCCUCCAAACCGGCAAGUCCAUCAGGCAGCUCUACGGAAACUCUGGCGACGUUGACAGCAAAGUCAGAGAGUGCCAGCUGCAGGGGAUGCUGAGGCUGGAGAUGUGCAGACUUUUCUCCUCAGAAGAGUCUAACGUGCUGGAUCUUGAUCAGAUUACAGAGGAGGUGGCUGAAAUGCUCAGGAUCAUCUCCCUGACGAAAGACCCAGUUUGUCUUGCGAGGUUCCUUGAAGACGAAGUCCUUCCUCUGUUUCUGACUUCGGUCCCCCGAGUGCUGGCAGAGAUUUACCACAGCCUGGGCACCCAGCUCCCCGAGGCUUUAGCGGCCGCUCUGCCCUCGGACUUCUUCAGUGAUGACUCGGUUGCGAAGGAAAGCGCCUGUCCCUCAGACCUCCCGCUCUCCACCAAGAGCUCGGCUUCUGAUGGCGCCGACGACCUGCAGGACCUGAGAAAUCGCUCUGCUGCCAAGAGGAGAGGCGGGAUGCUGACUCGUCAUCGCAGCAUGACUGAAUCGUCACAAAGUCUUCGCCAAAUAGAGAUACCCAAAAAGACGACGAGAGCUUCCAAGUCAAGCGUCUGUGCCGCUGUGGAAAAACCUGCAGAAGCGCAAGUUCAGAAACAAACACAAGAAGUGACCAGGGUGAGAAGAAACCUGUUCAACCAAGAGGUGGUUUCCCCCUCGAAGAAGGCCCGACUGCCCCGGAGCCAGUCCGUCUCCGCCGUGGAAGGACUCAAGCGCACUCGCUCUCAGGAAUCUGAAGAGAGGCACAAGCUGAUCACGAAGAAAGUGUGUGAGACGCCCCACCACAAGCAAGUGUCCGGCCGCCUCCUGCUCCGGCAGAAAAUAGGAAGGAAGUCUGUCCCGACCGAGGAGUGCAUCGUGGAAGAGUCGCCUGUAAAACCUGCAGACGCACUGAGAAGAAGCCCAAGAAUACAGAAGUUUGCUCAACGGCACUCAACCACCUUCUAUUCGAGUUCUCAGCCUCGCUCUCGCAACCUGGAACGCGCUCUCUCCACCUCCCAGCUCGCUCUCAGCGACAGUAAAAUCAGUGGCGUUAACACGAAGACGGUCCGCUCUCCCAUGCGCCUCCUGUUUGGGGCCGUGGAGUCCCCUCGGCGUCUCCGUGAUCCGCCUGGUUCGACCAGGGCCACCAGGUCUCGGCUCUCCACUGACUCCAGCGUCUUUGAGAGUCCAAAUAAAACGCCAACAAAAUCACCCAGUAAGAGUGAAAGAAGCUGUGGAACUCCCAGAACACCCAAGACAUCCCGAACCCCUCGAACUCCCAAAGUCCCAGUUACCCCUAAAACUCCGCCUUCGUCCAGGAAGGGCGCGUCCCCGUCAUCGGUCAGUCCUGUGGCCGGGCCUUCUCGUGGACUUGGCAUGGCCCUGAGGGGCAGCCCGUUCAGAUCUCCAGCCAGGAAGCAUCUCGUUUUACAGACUCCUCCCAAACAAAGCCCCCUGAAGGGCAUCCUCAGGACUCCGGUCAAGGCUCCAACUGAGGGCAGCUCUUCCGCCGGACGACGCCUGCUCAACAGUCCAACGUCUAGAACUCCCAAGAAGAGUGUGACUUGGUCUCCAUCUCCUCGAAAAUCUGCCAGAGUGUCAAAUAACACUACUUUUAAGGUACCGGAGUCGCCUGGCGUUGCGUCCUGCAGUUCUGCGACGCCGUUCAAAGCGCCCGGUUUCCACGGCCCUGCGAGGAGUCCGAAUGCCAAAAGAGACAUUUUCAAAACGCCACAGAAAACGUGUCAAGUUAGCCUUUUGAGGCUUCCAGAAGAAACUGGUAAUGUUUUGAUUCAAGAAGCAAAUCAAAGGUCUUCUGAAAUGCUUGGCAAGAGUCCUGAGAAGGACGACAGUGUUCGUCUCCUUGAAACGUCUCCUCAGUCCAAACCUCUUGUUGACAGACAGCCGUCGCCCCAGCCAAACAGAAGGUGUCUCAGCAAGUCUCCGAGUCCUACUCACCAAAUGAUGACUCGAUCUGGCCGAACGCCGUGCAAGAGUUCAAGCAGUGCAGCCCAGCAGAAACCAGAUGUCACACCACCGAGAGGUACUCCUCCUCCUGCAGGGUUGGAGGAUCCCAUCAACAUCAAGACACGAAAAAGAUCUCCUCAAGUAGCUAGAACCGCCAAACGUAACGUGGGGCUGCAGUCUGGUGAGAUUUCAGCCUCUGCGGAGAAUUGUGACUCUGAGGAAAGUCGCACGUUACCGCAAACUGAAGAAGGGUCGCGGGCGGAGACGUCUCAGUCGUCCGAAACAGAAUCCACGUCUCGGACGGAUUCCCAGCAGUGUGACCUCUCCAACGCCACGUCUGCCACGACGGACAGCGACAGCAUGGACAUCGUUGACGCCACAAUCGUGAAGACGCAGUUUGUGAGGCCUGAAGAUGACAUCAGCUUUUCAAGGAAGGCAUCGGAGUCUGGUGAAGACGUGGCGUCCAGCGCAGCGUCUCCUAAACCAGUCGUCUUGUCUGAGGGCACGCCGGCCCGGAGCUACGGCUUCCGGCAAACUCCCGACCGCCAACAAAGGGAAGCUGCCGCUCGUUUAGGGUACGCGACUGAUUUCCCUCGGUUUUCGACUCCGAGAGGCCCAGCGAAACUGAGCCGACAAAAGAAAACGGGAAAACCGAAUCCACUCACCUACCAGGUAGAAAUGGAAAUGCAGUCAUCGGGACUUCCAAAGCUGAAGAUCAAACGCACAGACUCCAUGAACUCGGUGGACUUUGCGGCAGAAGGCUCCCGAACGGGAGCGCAGAGCGGCGUGGUGGGCGUGAAGCCUCUGGUGGAAAGCCCCUUGGCCAUGUUCUCAAAACACAGAGACCCGGGAUGCAUCUCGCCGUCGGUCUGCGCUCACGCCACCCCGGCCAAGACCACUCCGGCGAAGGGCGGGAGCGUCCAGACCUACAUCUGCCAGUCGUACACGCCGACGCGGCACGCCGCUGGGAACGGCGUCGCCAUGGCCUACGCCGACAUCAUCCCUCUGACUCCCUCACCUCAGAGCGUGGGGAAGCUGACCCCGGACAGCCUGAACAGCUGGCCUCGCAGGAAGAGGGCCCAGGCGGGAGUGUUCAGAGACCGGGGCCCGAAGGGGGAGCCUCAGCUGGACGAGCUGAUGGAGGAAGCCGAACUCGGAGUGAGCAGGCUGCAGGACGUCGAGGACGCCGACGAGCCGGACGGCAAAACAGACCUUUUCCCUGCAUUCAGACAAUCGCCGACAUUUGGAGCAGGUGCUUCUCCUCUUUCUCCACUGGAGGACCUGUUCUGGAUCGAAAAGCUGGCGCAGCAAGCCGACGCUGAUCUGCAAAGAGAUGGAGACGGAGAUGACAAAUCAACAACAACUCCUCCCAGCUCCAGGAAGAGAAAGCCAGUGACAGCAAGCGGCAUUUUGGCCCUGACUCAGUCCCCUCUCUUGUUCAAGAGCAAAAGCUCUGCUAAAAAGAGAUCGCUCAGUUAUAGAGAUGCGGGAGCGGAUAUCUCUGCCUUCGGCCAGCCGGUCCAGCGCUCUGACACCCAGAGGACCUACAGCAGGAAGCGGCUGCUGCACUGAGUCAGGAACAUCAAGCAGAGCAGAGCCUUCUGUGUCCUGCUGUGACGCUGUGUGUUCUCUGACAGGUGAAGGGGCGUCACCUCUGACCCUCCGUCGCCUGUUCUGACCUGCAGCUUUAGCUUUAAUCGGGACUUUUAUCUUUCUUCAAUGAAAUGUUACCGAGUUUCACCGAGAAAUUACCGUGCCAGAUUCUGAUUGUAACAUUCAAGAUUUGUCUUGUUUGUCUUUCUCCAGUUAAAAUUUCAGAAAACUGUGAAGUUGUCAUCUCUCUUCAAAUGUCAUUUAAUUAUUUUACACACACGUCUGAGCCUUGAUGCGUUGAUUCAGACGCCAUUAUUGUGUAUUUAUUAGUUUGUCAUUGUUAUUGUCCAGUGAAAAGGAGUGCCUGGUUAGUGAUUCAGAUUGUAAAUAUGUUUUAAUUCGCACAGGUUUUGUGAAUAAAUAUUGAUUUUCUUAAUUA